CCCAGCACCGAAGCAUGAAAGAAAGCGCGACACUUUGCCAGCACAAUUCCCGGGCUUUUCGCCAUGUACUAUAGCUUCAAUGUCUAGCUUUGCGCCAUUCUCUUGUACAUAUCCACAUCCCUCGACACACAAAGACCGGUAGCAUGGCCGAGGACCCAUCGCCGCAGCCGGUGCUGGAGCCCGUCGCGAAGCCGCUGGCCCUGAUUCCCGUCGUGAUCAAGGAGGCUGCCCUCGACUCCCCGACGUUUCGCGCGACAGCCGUCCACUUCAGCGACCAGAUCGACCUCAUCGAACGAUGGCUCGACGGCUACGUGCGCGCCGUGUCGAAGCUCGCCGCCGAGAUGACCGCGCUCCAGACGCUCGUAGACGCGUACGUGCAGGCCUCGCACCCGCCCCUGCAGCUCUCCGAGGCCGUCCUCGACCACGACUACACCGUCCUGGCGCUGAAGCGCUUCGGCGAAGGGGCACGCGAGUUCUGGAGUAGCACGCUGCGGGGCAUGAAGCGCGCAGAAGCCAACGUAUGCGACCCGAUACGCGCCUUCGUCCAAAACGACCUGCGCAUGCUCAAGGAUGCCCGCAAGAACCUGGACACGACACAACGCACCUUCGACGGCGCCAUUGCGCGGUAUGCGGGACAGGCAAAGACCAAGGAGCCCUCGUCCCUGCGGGAGGACGCAUUCCAGCUCCACGAGGCGCGGAGGGCAUACCUCAAGGCGAGCAUGGACUUCUGCGUCAUGGCGCCGCAGGUGAGAUGCACGCUGGACAAGAUCCUGGUCAAAAUCAUCACGGAGCAGUGGCGCGAUAUGAAGAAUGCGCGUGACUCGACUAGCAAGAGCUUCGCCACGUGGAGCGGUGAUAUCGACCGCGUGCGCGGAUGGAGCAAGGAGAUGGAGAACAACGAGCGCGUGUUCAAGCGCGAGCUCCACCUGGCCCGACAGCAGAUUGAGAACAGCGCCGAGCUCGGCUCACGGCCGUCGCGGGAUUUAGACGACUACGCUGCAUCGACUGUCCCGUACCUGAGCACGCAGGGAGCGUCUAAUGCUAACCUGCACUCGCCCGCCAAACCGGAUCCAGCCAAUGAAAAGGCGGAAAAGCAGGGCUGGCUCUUCCAGCGCACCAUCACGGGCAAGCCCGCUAGAACGUAUUGGGUGCGCAGGUGGUUCUUCGUCAAGCACGGCAUCUUCGGCUGGCUGACGCAAGGGACCCGCUCGGGUGCCGUUGAAGAAUCCGAGAAGAUCGGCGUCCUGCUCUGCGGCAUCCGGCCUGCCUACCAGGAAGAAAGACGCUUCUGUUUCGAGGUUAAAACGAAGGACACCACCAUCCUCCUCCAGGCCGAUACUCAGAGCGACCUCAUCGAGUGGAUCUCCUCGUUCGAAGUAGCGAAACGAAAAGCCCUUGAGGACACUUCCAAAGAUGCCGGCGCUCUCGGGACUGUUGACGCUGCCUUCUCCAUUAGUCCUCCUGUAGCACCUGAGUUCGCCGCCAAGACCUCCGAAGGCCAUGCCGCCCAUGGUAGCGACGACAUUGGAGCCCUCGACCGCGCCGAAACACUAGGAGUUCCCGGAGCUGACGCCUUAGCUGCGCGAGGUAGCUUUGACGUCACGCGCCGUAGCACCGCCGUCGACCGAGACGGUGAGGGCAGCAAGAGAGAUCAUGCCGCGAGGAUUAUGGAGAAGCUUGACUUGACGAGGAAAUCCACAGUAGGGCCCCAGCUAAGUGGAAGCAACCCUUCUUCCGCCUCCGGUGGCAUCGCCAGUCUCAUCUCCGCUAGUUUGGCCUCCGCAAGUCAUAACAUCGUGCAGGUCGGACAGAUUGCGGCCCCAGCCCCCGGACUUCCAGAUACUCGCCUCGUUAUGGGCCAAACUCUUCCGUUCAGCAGCUUGGCUCCCUCAACGCUUGCCAAUCCCCCUGCGCCUACAAACCUGAGCAAGGCCGCCGUUGCCGUUAGUGGCGAACGUGGACUGGGCAUAGGCCGGUCCGGGAACAUGCCUGGAGGACUGAUGGCCAAUCUCUGGGGCUCAGUGAACUGGGGAUAUGUAAAUCGCCUCGCACGAGAAGAGGAGGCGAGCCUCAGGGAACGGAGUCAAUCUGACCCACCUAGUCCGAUCCGUCCCUCUUCAGGACUUGAUCCUUUUGACAAGCCGAGCGAGGUGUCUUCUGCAUCACCAUCUCCAGGUGCAUCGACUCCGGCAAACGCAAUUCAUCGCAAGACUAUCAGCUUGGGAGGCCCUACCCCAUCACAGCCCGUAAGGCCGGGCUUGGUCACUGAAGACUUUCCGAACUACUACCCUCUCGCCCUCAGGAUGCAGGAUGCACAGUUUCGCAUCCUCUUCCCCACCGUUCCACGCGCAGAAAAGGUUGUGCUGGUUUUCCGCGCCGUCUGGAAUCCCACCGAACAGCAAGAGUUCCCGGGCCGAGUGUACGUUACGGCUAAAGACAUCUACUUCUACAGCAAUCAUCUUGGCCUCGUUCUUAUUACAAGUAUUAGCAUGGGUACGAUCGAUGAAGUAACUGCUGCACCAGGAAAGGACUGCGACUUCUUGUUCCUACAUUUCAAACCCGGUUCCAGAGAGGAUGGUGCCACACGAAUUACCGUCAAGACUUUCCUCGAGCCUUUAAAGCUCCUUCAGCGCAGGCUAAACUUCCUUGUCCGCAAUGCUACCGCCGGCGAAUACAAUCUGGAAGAGAUAGUCAAAAAAUUAAUCAAGAUGGAGGUGAGCGACGCGGACCAUUCGCCAAGCGACGAGGGCUGGGAGGACAUCUCAGUCCACACGCCCAUGGACCCUGGCUAUGGUGGACGGGAUGUCAAGACCAGUCUUCGCAUCGACGGCAAUCUGUUCGGACCCCCUGGAGCGAAUGGCAAGAAUGCAACCAAAUUCAAGCUGCCGUCACAGCCCGUCAUCUUUGCUCCCCAAGGCAUGACACAAGUUGCGGUAGAGAAGGAGUAUGAUAUCAGCGCCAAAGCUCUAUUCCACAUUCUGUUUGGCGACAAGAGCGCGGUCUUCCAGAUGCUCUACCGAGAGCGAUGGGCCCAGCGCAUCGUCCAAGGACCCUGGGCGACUAGUGACCAGGGUCUCCAGCGACGAGACUUUGAGUACGAAGUCGCUCAACCUGGCGAUGCCGACGCUGUCGUCAUCAAUGACUAUCAGAUCAUUGAGGUCUUGAACGACCACCUUUGUUACGUAGUAGCGGACCGCAAGACCCCGUGGUACCUUCCGGGUCAUGAACGUUUUGUUCUCCUGAGCAAAAUCGUCAUUACGCACGUGUCUAAAGCACGCUGUAAACUUGCCAUUUACACCAAAGUUGACUGGUCGAGGCACCCUCGAUUCGCGAAGAAACUAAUCGAACGACAGGGACUACAGGAUAUGGAGCUGGAGGCACAGGAUCUUGUCGACGUGGUUAACGACCAAGUGGCGAGGCUCGGGCACAACCGGAGCACAGGCAAAGUCACCAGCAUCUUCGGCCAGAUUGGCAUCGUAACACAAGCUUCGCAGUUCGCAGCUGAGGACAUCCCACCGCCGAAUCGACCGCGCAAGUUCAAGCUGCGGCCGCAAACUACUGGCUCUUUCGUGGUGCAGCUCGUUGGCAACGUCGUCGUCAGCAUAUUAUCCACCAUCAUGAGUUGGGUAUUAGCGGCAUUUGCCGGGUUGGGUAACGUUGUCUCUGCGCACACCUUCCUCGUCGGCCUCCUUCUCGUGAGCGGCGGAGCAAACUUCUUCUACUCCUCUCGUGACUCUUGGUCUUGGUGGAACGAGCGAAAUGCGGCAAGUUUCAUGUCGCGGCUCGGAGUUGGCCCCUCCCCGAUAAUGACGAGGUCAAUCUAUCUCCGCGAUUUGGAAGAAAGCUUCCUCGACCUGAACGACACGGUCAUCCCCCAACCAUCGCCAAUGAAUAUGGGAGCGGACAAUAAAUGCCAGCAGACCUUUACCUCUCUUCUCACCAACCCAACAUCCAACCCAGCAUCACCGAUUUCGCCGUCGACGCACGCAUCACGACGUCUUCACCAUACGCGCCAAAACCUAGGUUCGCACCGUCACGACUUGCUCGUCGCGUUGCGCGUCGUGAACCGCAUCGAGAAGGAAGUCGUGGAAGCCGAGUUCGAAAAUUGGCUGCUUGAUGAGACGCACAAAUGUGAGCGCGUUGGAGUCAUGCUGAGCGAAGAUGAUCGCAAGGAAAAGAAGGAGGUCGAGGACUGGAUGAGGGGCUAUUGCGGCGAUUGCGAGGCUGCGCUUGGUAUUAUAAGGGAGGGAAGGGUCGGGCUGAUUUGAUACUCACGGUGAGGACUUGGUUUGUAUGAAGACUUUGGGUUACCGUUCAGUUGUGGAUUGAUCUUGCAUAUAGGGUAUGAUACCAUGGGCGGAUACGUAGGUACGUAGUUGCGUUAUCGAAUUGAAAGGCUAUUCUCCCUGGACUGUAGCUGGUAUUACGACUAGCGGGUAAGCGGUAUUUGUAGCUACGCGCUGUGCCGCCUUCCUGCUAUCGGCGCCGACUAGCAUCCCAAAGGAGUUCUUUCUG